AUGAGCGAUCUCGACAAGGCGAUUGCGCAGUUGCGCUCAUGUCGACCCAUCCCGGAGAGCCAAGUGCGAGAGCUUUGCUACAAGGCAAGAGAGCUCCUGAUUGAAGAAGGAAACGUCGUCACGGUGAAUGCGCCCGUCACGAUAUGCGGAGACAUCCACGGCCAGUUCCAUGACUUGAUGGAGCUGUUUCGCGUCGGCGGCGAUGUGCCCGACACGAACUACCUCUUCAUGGGCGACUUUGUCGACCGCGGCUUCUACUCUCUCGAAUCCUUCCUCCUCCUCCUCUGCCUCAAAGUUCGAUAUCCCGACCGCAUCACAUUAAUCCGUGGCAACCACGAGUCACGACAAAUCACCACCGUCUACGGCUUCUACGACGAAUGUCUGCGCAAAUACGGCAGCGCAAACGUCUGGCGCUACUGCUGCGAGGUCUUUGACUACCUCGCUCUUGGUGCUUUGAUCCUCGGUGCUUCCUCAGAACUUGGCCCCACCACUGCCGAGCUGCCUGCAGACGCACAGCAACCCAUGCCCGAAUCCCUCGAAGACGUCGAAAUCGAAAUCAUCAACUCGCACAACCAGGUCAUGAACCGUUUCCCUCGCGCAAAGCCAUCUACCGAAUCCUCCGCACCAAACAGCCCUUCACAUACCGGCCCUGCAGGCACAGGCGCAACAUCCUCAAGUGGUGGAUCGGCUUCAAAUCCAGGCGGUGCAGUCCUCUGCGUACACGGUGGCUUGAGUCCCUUGAUUGACAGCAUUGAUAAGAUCAGGCUGAUCGACCGAAAGCAAGAAGUCCCACACGAAGGCGCCAUGUGCGAUCUCCUCUGGUCAGACCCGGACGACAUUGACGGCUGGGGUCUCUCACCACGAGGAGCUGGUUUCCUCUUUGGUGCUGAUAUCGUCAAGCACUUCAAUCACAAGAACGACCUGAGUCUGAUAGCAAGAGCUCAUCAACUGGUCAUGGAAGGCUUUAAAGAGAUGUUUGACAAUACAAUCGUCACGGUGUGGAGUGCGCCGAAUUACUGCUAUCGCUGUGGUAAUGUUGCUGCAAUCUUGGAACUUUCAGAAGACGGAAGCAAUGGCGGAUACACACCACGCAGCAAUGGCGAAAUCGAAAGAUCAGCAGGCCUUGUCUCGGAAUUGGAGUUGAAGCAAGGGCCUGGCAGGAGGUAUCGUGUCUUCGAGGCCGCACCACAGGAUUCUAGGGGAAUGCCUGCAAAGAAGCCCGUCGCCGACUACUUUUUGUAG